AAAUUCAAUUUCAAUUAAAUUAAUUAAAGUUUAUCUGUACAUCUGAAGCAGAUUUGUAAUUUAUUUUAAUUGCAAUCAGAGACAGGAUAUUACAUUGAUUCUAAUACAACUAAGUUCAUAAUUAUCAGAAUUUGCAUAGUGAAUCGUGUUGGUUUUUUGUUGAUCAUCUAAUUUUACAACAAUAUACCACGGCCAACGACGGUUUUAAAAUGAAUAUAUCAAUAGAAAGGAAGAAAAUGGAUUGUCCAGCUUUGCCUAAAGGAUGGCAAAGAGAAGAAGUGUUACGAAAAACAGGUCUUUCUGCGGGAAAAGUUGAUGUUUAUUAUUACAGCCCAACAGGUAAAAAGUUUCGCAGUAAACCCGAGCUAGUUCGUUAUCUCGGUGAUAGUAUGGACCUGUCGUGUUUCGACUUUCAGCAGGGUCAGAUAAACACAAUGCUGCUCUGUAAGGCCAAGAAAGCACGGGCGCAGUUCGAUUACAGAGGUGUUCGUUCAGAUGCAUCUCUAGUGCCACCAAUACGGCAAACUGCAUCCAUUUUCAAGCAACCUGUUACUGUUUACAAGACCCAAGAAAGCAAGGUCAAAACUGAUCUGAAACAUGGUACACAAGAAAAGCCAAAGCAGUUGUUUUGGGAAAAAAGAUUGGAAGGUUUGUCUGCUUGCGAUGCCAAUGGCGUGAUAGGCACUACAUCGCUGCCGAAAUACAUAAAACCACUGGGACCAUAUACAUCUGAUGCCACCACCAUACAGUCACUAGCUACUGCACUGCACGUCUCAUCACAGCCUAUCACAGGCCAGACAGGCACGAAGCAGGUGAUCCUCGAGAACCCGGGCGUUUUUUUAAACCCUGAGCAGCCGCUCAUCGCGGCCGUCACCAUCACCAAGGACGACGUGCGCCGUCAAGAGGAGCGUGUCAAGCGCGCGCGCCUUCGUCUACAGGUAUUUAAAGAGUUCACUUCAUCCACUCCACUUUAUGUCAAAAACGAAAAACAAUUUUUGUACCACUUGCAUGGUGUUGAGUAG